AGCUAGGCGGGAGGCUGUUGCCCGGCAACGCCUGGGCGCUGAGUGCCGCGGUCUGGCCCCGCCCCCCCGUGGAGGGCUGGGCGUCACGUGAUUCAGGCCCUAGGGGAGGGGGCGCGGUCGGGGGCCAGACCGGAAGCGGCCGUGGAGGGAGGCCGUAGGGGCGCGCACUUGGCUCGCAGGCCGAGACCCCCAGCCCCGCUGGACGGCGGGAGAAACUGAGGCCCGAGUGGGUGAGUGUGCGGUUGGGUCGCACGCCCCGUUUGUCCAGAGGGGAAACUGAGGCCCGGCGAGGUCAGGGGACUGGUGGGUUCUGCGAGGAUCUGGUUUCCCCCGUUCCUUCCCCAUCGCAGCCCGACUGCUCCACCCAUCCACCCGUCCAUCCGUCCGUCCGUCCGUCCGUCCGUCCAUCCGUCCAUCCGUCCAUCCAUCCAUCCAUCCGUCCGUCCAUCCGUCCGUCCGUCCAUCCAUCUAUCCAUUCAUCCACCCACCCAUCCACCUAUCCGACCCCUGCGAAGCUGCUGGGUCAGGGCGGGGGUGGGAGACGGCUUGAGCGGAGGGCCUUCCCGGGCUUUCCCUGGAAGUGAGGAGAGAUGGGAGCGCGAUCCCCGGUGAAGGGACGGCUGGCUGGCUGGGGAAGGCGAGCAGUUCACUUUCCUGAGAACUGAAAGAUUCAUAGACAGGAGUCGGGGAAGACACAGAGGGACAGAGGGACAGGGACCGGAGCCAGGGGGCCUUGCGGGCCGGGGUGAGGCGCUUGGUCUCCAUCGGGGGCAGUGGGGAGCCUGGAAGGGGCUGGAGCAGAGACGGGCGCGCCAGGCUUCUUUUCAUAAGAUCAUUUGGAGGAGAGGGUGGGAGGGAAAGAAUGGGAAGAUGCGGGAGCCAGGGAAGUCCCCCUGUUUGCCCCACCUAGAAACCCCAAGAUGUGAUCGGCCUGUGCCCUUUGUAGGGGAGAUCCUUGACCCCCCGAACUUUCAGCACCUGACCUGUUUCUCUUUUGCCCUCUCCCUGGAGCAAGUAAACCCGCCCCCACAGCUGAAGUCACAUCUUAACUCUGAUGACAUGGGCCCCCUGUCCCUACCCCAGCCCGGAGUGUCCUUCAGAGGGUCUCCAGACAGAGUCGCCUUUCUGGGCUCUCCCGGGGGUCACCUCCCCCAUUCCUCAUAUCUGUCUGUGUCCAUCUACUAUCUGUUGAGCACGACUGCGUGUCCAGCACAGUUUGGGGCGCUGGAGACCUAACAGUGAAGAAAACAGGAUUCCAUGUCCUUGCUGCCCUCGUGGGGCUGCCAAUCUAGGCGGAGACGGGGACAGUGAACAGGAGACCACUCAUCAAGAUGAUUUCAGGUGAUGAUGAGUGCUGAGAAGGAGAUGACAGUUCUAGAGGUAAGGGAGAGAGGGGGUCCAGGAAAGGAGGUGCUUUAGAAAAGCAGGCCAGGGAAGCGCCCUCGGAGCAGGUCAUGUUUGUGCUGAAACUUUAAGGAAGUGAGAGAGCUGGCUAUUGGGCUGUAUUUCGGAAGAGCAUUCCUGGCAAAGGGAACAGCCAGUGCAAAGGCCCUGAGGCAGAUGGUGACUGGCUGCUUCUGAGGAACAACGAAGAGGCUGGUGUGGCAGAAAGCAGAGUCAGCAAGAGGGGCUGGCCCGUGCAGGGCCUCCGUGGCCACCUGGGAGUCUGGCUUUUGUCUGAAAUGAAACAAGGAGGAUUUUCAGCGAGGGGAGGCGAGAUGUGAUUGGGUUGCUGCACGGAGGGAGAAAGCCCUAGAAGACAGGAGGGGAUUGGCACAGUGGUUCAGGUGAGCUAUACGGUGACCUGGACUGGGUGGUGGCUGGGGAGAUGGAGAAGAGGAGGCAGGGCCAGGGCCAGGGGCAUCCUCAUGGAAGUUGGGGAGACGGGGGUGCCUGUGGGCCAGGCCCGUGCGGGCCACCCUCUCUCCCGCUGCAGACCCGGGAGGGCCAUGAGGGUGCUGCUCCUCACUGGGCUGGGAGCCCUCUUCUUCGCCUAUUAUUGGGAUGACAACUUCAACCCAGCUAGCCUCCAGGGAGCCCGGGUGCUGCUGACUGGGGCCAGUGCAGGCGUCGGCGAGGAGCUGGCCUACCACUACGCGCGCCUGGGCUCCCACCUCGUGCUCACAGCCCACACCGAGGCCCUCCUGCAGAAGGUGGUAGGGAACUGCCGGAAGCUGGGCGCCCCCAAGAUCUUCUAUAUCGCUGCGGACAUGGCCUCCCCUGAGGUGCCCGAGCGCGUGGUGCAGUUUGCGCUGGACAAGCUGGGCGGGCUGGACUACCUCGUGCUGAACCACCUCGGCGCCGCCCCAGCAGGCACACGAGCCCGCAGCGCGCAGGCCACGCGCUGGCUCCUGCAGGCCCCGCCCCAAGGUUCUAGGCUCCGCCCCCUGCCUCUUUUCGUCUUGGGUUCCUCCUGGGCCGGUGACUGGCAGUCGCCACGUCCAGGUGAACUUCCUGAGUUACGUGCAGCUGACUUCGUUGGCGCUGCCCAGCCUGACGGACAGCAAGGGCUCCCUGGUGGUGGUGUCCUCGCUGCUCGGCCGCGUGCCCACUUCCUUCUCCAGCCCCUACUCGGCGGCCAAGUUCGCGCUGGACGGCUUCUUCGGCUCCCUGCGGCGGGAGCUGGACGUGCAGGACGUGAACGUGGCCAUCACCAUGUGCGUCCUAGGCCUCCGGGACCGCGCCUCCGCCGCCGAGGGAGUCAGGGGCGUCACGAGGGCCAAGGCGGCCCCGGGGCCCAAGGCGGCCCUGGCCGUGAUCCGCGGGGGCGCCACGCGCGCCUCGGGCGUCUUCUACCCGUGGCGCUUCCACCUGCUCUGCCUGCUCCGGGGAUGGCUGCCGCGCCCCGGGGCCUGGUUCAUCCGCCAGGAGCUCAACGUCACGGCCGCCGCCGCUGCUGCCUGAGCUCCUGGAGGGGGCGCCCCUUCAUCUUCCCAGAGAAACACCCUCCAUCCAACCGUCCGGGAGCCGGGACACCUCCUAGAGGGUGGCCACGGCCCAAGAUAGUCCUCGAGACAGAAGAGGAAAACCGAGAGAAACUUCCAGCACCUGGAAACAGUCCGCUGUGUGCCAGACCCCUCGUCAGGGACUGGGGAGGCAUUGCCUCCGUCUUCUCCGCGGUCAUCGAUGAUGUGAUCGCUGCUUCCAUUGUACAGAUGUGAAAACUGAGGCUCAGAGAGGCGAUGUGCCUGGCCCCAGGGCCCUGGCCACGUCAAACAGGUCACACCGCCGCUGAGCCACCCUGGGAACUCUCUCCACCUCCCACCUGGAACCACUGCAUCCCUGAUUUGCUCUUUCCACUCCCUCAGCGUCGGAGCACCCCCAACCCUGGUACCCAGCAAGGGAGGGCCUCCACGCUGUCCACUGCUGGUGGGGCCUGGGGGGCGGGGAAGAACGCGUCUGGGCUGGACCCAGCGUCCCGUUUCAUAAUGAAACUCCUUCUUCCCUUGCA